AUGAGGAUGAAGAGGUUCUCGUCUCUGGAGCUACUCCUCAGUCUCCUCGUCACUCUGCUGCUGAUCUGCUGUGCCGCGCUGAUCGUCUUCACCCUGAUCAGUUCCACCAACGAUGCAGAUACAGAGGUUUUUUCUGGAACGAUGAAAAUUUCUGGAACCAACUUCUCAGAAGACCUGAGGAACUCCUCCUCCACACACUUCAAGAGUCUGUCCUUCGACGUCCAGGAGCUGGUGGGCGGAGCCUACGCUGCCACUGACCUGAGGCAGCAGUACAAGACCUGCAGGGUCCUGGACUACAGGAAGGGCAGUGUCGUGGUGACCUUUGACCUGCACUUCAUACAUCCUAUCAGCACAGAGGAGGCGGAGCUAAAGUUGAGGGCGGGGCUUCAGCUCUACCCAGGCUCUGGAUUGGCUGUUGACCUGAGCAGCGUCAAUGUAACAGAAAAAGUUGACACCUUGCCGUCUUUUAUCCCUCCCACCUCUGUGACCCCUGUGACCUCUGUGACCCCGAGUUCAUCCACAGCGUCCUGUCCGGACGGUCACAUGACCUGCUCUGAUGGGUUGGGCUGCGUUCUCAUUGGUCAAUUUUGUGAUGGACACAAAGACUGUGAAGACGGAUCAGAUGAGGACCAGAGGACCUGCGCAACAUCGUGCGACGGUCACUUCCUGUUGACCGGCCCAAACGGCUCCUUCACUUCCUCUGUGGGCGGGAACUCCAGCGGCUCCACUUCCUGUCGCUGGAUCAUCAGGGCGGGACCAGGCCUGUCAGUCAGAGUGGACUUUCAGUUCUUCUUCCUGGAGGAGGGGCGGGACUUCCUGCGGCUCUAUGAGGGCGUUGGGGUAGGCCGGAAGCUGAUUGCUGAUCUCACAGGCUCCGCCCCACCAGGAAGUGUGUGGAUAUUGAGUGACCAAUCACAGGCCGAGUUUGUAUCAGGUGAUCUGAGUGAAGGGCGGGGCUUUAGAGCAACGUUUAAAACUGUGGAUUUGACGGACAUGAGCGAUGAGCAGAAGGUGAAUUGUUCGUUCGAAAAUGGCUUUUGUUUCUGGAGACGAGAUCCAGACCAGGACCAGGACUGGAUCCGGAUCAGAGGAGAGCGCUUCCCCCCUGGGACCGGACCUAGCGUGGACCAGACUACAGGAACUAGCUCAGGGUUUUAUGUGUCCACUCCUUUCAGUCCCGGGUCCUGGUUGAAGACUUUCAGGAUGUUAAGUCUGCCUUUGAGUCUGCGCUCCAGUGCCCCCUGUCUGUCCUUCUGGUUCCACAUGUUUGGAGCCGAUGUCUUUGUCCUCAGAGUUUUACUGCAGCAUCCAAACGCCUCAGACCUGGUCCUGUUCCAGAGACAAGGGGACUUUGGGGACACAUGGUACAGGGGACAGGUCCAACUGAACAAUAACCAAACUCAGGGACAGCUCGUCUUUGAGGCGUUGAAGAAGAGCGGGAUGUUGAAUGACAUCGCCAUUGAUGACAUCACACUGACAUCACUGCCCUGUGGUCCCGCCCCUCCAGACCCCACAAAUGUCCCGCCCCCGACCACAGCCCCUCCCAUCCCAGCUGACUGUGGGGGGCCCUUUGAUUUCCAUGACAACGGGACCUUCAGCUCUCCAAACUACCCCCAUUACUACGGCAACAAGGCCAACUGUCUUUGGAGGCUUCACACUGACGAAGGGAAUAAUCUGCAACUUCAUUUUCUGGACUUUGAUCUGGAGGCAACGUUUGACACUUUGGAGAUCAGAGAUGGAGCGGAACCAGAUUCUCUUCUGCUGGGUGUGUUUACAGGUAGCAGAGGUCCAGCCCAUGAUCUCUUCUCCUCGUCCAAUCAGAUGUCUCUGUGGCUGCUGAGUGACAGUUCAAACUCUGGACGAGGAUUCAGGCUUAACUUCACCUCCGGGGUCAGGCUGGGCUCAAAAGAUCCUUGUCUCGAGGACCAGUUCCAGUGUGUCUCCGGUCUCUGUGUUCCUUCAGAGUCUCAGUGUGAUGGACAGAUGGACUGUCCUGAUGGGAGUGAUGAGUCUCACUGCGUGUUCUUGGACUCGGACCGUCUCCAGUUUCAGAUUUCUUCCUCAAAGUUCUCAGUUUGCUUCACAAACUGGAGCCAGAGUCUGACGGACUUCAGCUGCAGAUACCUGGGAUACAGAUCUGGACAAACUUCAUCAAUUGAUUCACGACCUGAAGAUUCUCCAUUUGUCUCAGUGUCAUUAUCCAACACGACCAUCCAGACGACAGCAGUUGAGCGUUGUGAGAGUCUUGUGAAUGUAUCCUGCAGCAACAAACCGUGCGGCGUCCAAAAUCUGAACCAAUCAUCUGACAGAGGAGAGGCAGACAGCCAAUCAGAGAGGGGUAAGAUUGUGGGCGGAGUUGAUGCAGCAAAGGGGGCGUGGCCUUGGAUUGUGUCUCUUCACUGGUCGAAUCGUCACGUGUGUGGAGCUUCUCUGAUUGGACGAGACUGGCUGCUAACGGCCGCCCACUGCGUCUAUGGUAAAAAUGUGCACUUGGAACGUUGGCAAGCUCUCAUGGGACUCACCGUCCAAUCACAGACCUCCGUCCCCGAGGUCCAGUCCCGACCAAUAAGGCUCAUAGUCAUUCACCCACUGUACAACCGGCGAACCAAACAAGCCGACGUCGCUCUGAUGCAACUGCAAGAGCCAAUCAGCUUCAGCGAUCAUGUUCAGCCUGUGUGUCUCCCUGGAUCCGAUGAAGACCCGCCCACAGGAGCAGUCUGCUCUAUCAUUGGCUGGGGGCGACUGGAGAGUGGAGGCUCUCUCCCUGAUGUCCUGCAGCAGGCGGUGGUACCUGUUGUCUCUCUCUCUGAUGUGUCUCUUUCUCUCCCUGAUGUCCUGCAGCAGGCGGUGGUACCUGUUGUCUCUCUCUCUGAUGUGUCUCUUUCUCUCCCUGAUGUCCUGCAGCAGGCGGUGGUACCUGUUGUCUCUCUCUCUGAUGUGUCUCUUUCUCUUCCUGAUGACCCAGGCUCUCUCCCUGAUGUCCUGCAGCAGGCGGUGGUACCUGUUGUCUCUCUCUCUGAUGUGUCUCUUUCUCUCCCUGAUGACCCAGGCUCUCUCCCUGAUGUCCUGCAGCAGGCGGUGGUACCCGUUGUCUCUCGUCCUCUCUGUCAGGAGUUUCUUCCGCAGUACACUAUCAGUGAUCUCAUGGUGUGUGCAGGACAAGAGGAGGGCGGGGUCGACACAUGCCAGGGGGACUCUGGAGGGCCCCUGAUGCUUCUGCAGAACGGUCACUGGACUCAGAUUGGGGUGACGUCAUUUGGUGCUGGAUGUGGUGAUCCACGGAGUCCUGGAGUUUACGCUCGAAAUGGAAGAGCCCCUAACCCCAACUGGUCUGAGGACUACAACUCCCACUGGUCUGAGGACUCCAUCUCCCACUGGUCUGAGGACUACAACUCCCACUGGUCUGAAGACUACAGCUCCCACUGGUCUGAGGACUACAACUCCCACUGGUCUGAGGACUACAACUCCCACUGGUCUGAGGACUACAACUCCCACUGGUCUGAAGACUCCAUCUCCCACUGGUCUGAAGACUCCAUCUCCCACUGGUCUGAGGACUACAACUCCCACUGGUCUGAGGACUACAACUCCCACUGGUCUGAAGACUCCAUCUCCCACUGGUCUGAAGACUCCAUCUCACACUGGUCUGAAGACUACAACUCCCACUGGUCUGAGGACUACAACUCCCACUGGUCUGAGGACUACAACUCCCACUGGUCUGAGGACUACAUCUCCCACUGGUCUGAGGACUACAACUCCCACUGGUCUGAAGCAGUGGCGGAGCCAGACUUUUAA